AUGAUGAAAAAUGAGAGGUACAGCCCGGUUCCAAACAAAGAGAAGGAGGUGGACAUUAUUGAUAUCAAAGGCAUCGAAGACAUUGGAUACGACCACCAGGAUUCCAUUCUCCUGAACUCCCUGAAUCCCGAGGAGAACACUCGAUGUCGGCACGGGCUGUAUUUCCAGGACGGCCAGAGAAGGGUGGACUACAUCCUCACCUACCACAUUAAAAAGCCCAGCAGCUCCCGUCGUCACUCCUCCCGUCUGACCGACAAUGCCCUCACCCGAAGUCUGCGAAGAGCCCGAGCUCCACCGCCGCCGCCACCCCCUCCGCCUCCGCCGGCCAAGAAUGACCCCGAGGCCGCGUCACCGGACCACCACAACAUGGAUUACCACGAGGACGAUAAACGUUUCCGUCGCGAGGAGUUUGAAGGCAACCUGAGGGAGAUGGGUUUGGAGCUGGAGAAAGAUGAGGACACCAAAACUCCCGGUGUUGGGUUUGUGAAGAUCCACGCUCCAUGGAACGUGCUCUGUCGGGAAGCUGAAUUCAUGAAGCUCAAAAUGCCCACCAAAAAAGUGUAUGAGGUCAAGCAGAGUGGUAACGUUGUGGAAAAGAUUAACACGUUCAUCCACAAAGUGACGGACCCACUUCACCCAAACGUGGAAGAGAACAGAAUACACAACGUCAAGCACCUCUCAUAUCCUUUCUCCAGAGAGAAACAGCACCUAUUUGACUUGUCAGACAGAGACUCCUUUUUCGAUAGCAAAACAAGAAGUUCGAUAGUUUUUGAAGUACUGAAACGCACAAAAUGCACUAAAGCUAAGUAUAGCAUGGGAAUAACCAGUCUGCUGGGGAGUGGAGUUUACAUGGCUGCUUACCCUUUACAUGAUGGAGAUAUAGACGGUGAAAACGUAGAGCCUAACGACAGGAAGCUUUUGUAUGAAGAAUGGGCAAGUUACAGUGUCUUCUACAAAUAUCAGCCCAUUGGCCUGAUAAGGAAGUACUUUGGGGAGAAGAUUGGGCUAUAUUUUGCCUGGCUGGGUGUGUAUACCCAAAUGCUGAUUCCUGCCUCUCUAGUGGGUGUCAUCGUGUUCCUUUAUGGCUGUGUUACUGUUGAUGAUGAUAUUCCCAGUAUGGAGAUCUGUGACACCAGAAAAAACAUUACCAUGUGUCCGCUGUGUGACCGAGCCUGCAGCUACUGGAAUCUGAGCACAGCCUGUGGCACUGCUAGAGCCAGCCACUUGUUUGACAACCCGGCCACUGUCUUCUUCUCCAUAUUCAUGGCCCUUUGGGCUGCCUUUUUCAUGGAGCAUUGGAAGAGAAGACAGAUGCGUCUUAAUUAUGAAUGGGACCUGACAGGUUUUGAAGAGGAGGAGGAAGCGCAGAAGGACCACCCAAGAGCAGAAUACGAGUUCCGAGUUAUGCAGAAGUCAAUGAAAAAGGAGCACAAGUCCCAAAAGAAGCCAUCAGAGAUAGGAGAGGAACCCACAAACAAAUGGAAGCAAACUGUUCAAACUGCGCUCGCCGGGCUAAAACUGACAGAGAAAGAGAAGCUGACUUGUAAGGACAGAUUCCCUGCAUAUAUGACAAACAUAGUCCUGAUGCUCUUAAUGAUUGGUGUGACAUUCGCCAUUGUCUUUGGAGUCAUCUUGUACCGAAUAUCCACCAAAGCCGCCCUGCACAUGAGCUCCAACCCCACCACCCGAUCCAACGUCCGUCUGACGGUUAAAGCCACGGCUGCCAUCAUAAACCUGGUGGUCAUCCUCAUUCUGGACGAGGUGUAUGGAGCGGUUGCCCGUUGGCUCACUGUCCUCGAGGUUCCAAAAACAGACAAGAGUUUUGAGGAGAGAUUGAUUUUCAAGACCUUUAUCCUCAAGUUUGUGAAUGCCUUUACUCCCAUUAUUUACAUUGCCUUUUUCCGUGGCAGGCUUGUUGGGCGCCCAGGAAGUUAUCUGUAUGUUUUUGAGUCCUACCGCAUGGAGGAGUGUGCCCAUGGGGGUUGUCUGAUGGAGUUGUGCAUUCAGCUCAGUAUAACCAUGCUGGGCAAGCAGCUAAUCCAGAACAACCUCUUUGAGAUAGGCAUCCCCAAGCUGAAGAAACUGAUAAGGUACAUCAAGUCAAAGAGGGCCUCUUUUCAGGAGGAGGAGUGUGACAAGAAGCUGCAACGCUAUGAGACAGACUACUUCCUGGAGCCCUUUGCGGGCCUCACACCCGAAUAUAUGGAGAUGAUUAUCCAGUUUGGGUUUGUGACCCUAUUUGUGGCCUCUUUCCCACUGGCUCCAUUGUUUGCCCUCCUCAACAACAUCAUUGAGAUCCGUCUAGAUGCCAAGAAGUUUGUGGCAGAGCUGAGAAGGCCGGUGGCAGCCAGAGCUAAAGACAUUGGUAUCUGGUACAAUAUUCUCAGAGGCGUGGCAAAAGUUGCAGUCAUUGUGAAUGCGUUUGUCAUUUCCUUCACCUCAGACUUCAUUCCACGGCUGGUCUACCAGUACAUGUACAGCCCUGACGGCUCCAUGCAUGGCUUUGUCAACCACACACUGUCCUACUUUAAUGUCAGCCACUUCCAGAAUGGUACAGCCCCCGUGGAUCCGAUCUAUUUAGGCUAUGAGGUGGAAAUCUGCAGGUACAAAGACUACAGAGAGCCUCCAUGGUCCCCAACACCAUAUGAGAUCUCCAAAGAGUUCUGGGCUGUGCUGGCAGCCAGACUAGCCUUUGUCAUUGUCUUUCAGAAUGUGGUGAUGUUAAUGAGCGACAUCGUGGACUGGUUGAUCCCGGACAUCCCCAAAGACAUCAGCGUACAGAUCCAUAAAGAGAAGAUCCUGAUGGUGGACCUUUUCAUGAAAGAGGAGCAAGGCAAAAUGCAGGUCCUGGAUAACAUGACCCCUAGUGGAGGAAAGGAGCACAGCAACUGCCACAGUCCCUUAACCCGCUCGCGCUCUGUCUCACACACACACACCAACAACUACUAG